UGACCUCUCUGCUUGGCCCGACAGGACAACGCAACCAUGCGCCUGAGUCAGUGAUCCUGAGACAUCGAGCAGCGCGCGAAAUGAGGGCCAGGGCAGGGCCCCCAAACCUCCGACUUGCCCUCCUCCUCUUCCUCCAGUGGGGCUGGCUCCCUCUGGGCUGUACGGCUGAACAUGAGCCCCUGAAGUGGGACGAGAAUGGCUACGUGGUCUACUGCCCCUGCAUGGGCCGAUUUGGGAAUCAGGCUGACCACCUCCUGGGCUCCUUGGCAUUUGCGGCGAUGCUGAAUCGGACACUGGUGGUGCCCCCUUGGGUGGUUUACAGCCAUCAGACGCCUCCCUACACAAACUUGCGGCCCGUCCUGUUUUCCCAGGCCCACGUUCCGUACAGCGAGUACUUCCAGCUGGGAAGCCUCCAGGAGUUCCACCGGGUGGUCAGCAUGGAGGAUUUCAUGCAGAAACUGGCACCAAAACACUGGCCCCCGGAGGAAAGGGUGGCGUACUGCUUUGAGAUGGCAGCUCAGAGGAGUGCUGACAGAUCGUCAUGCCCCAUGAAGGACGGGAAUCCCUUCGGGCCCUUCUGGGACCACUUCAACGUGGACUUUGCGCGCUCAGAGUUGUUCAGCGGGAUUGCCUUUAACUCGUACUACAAAGCUCAUUGGCUGGACAGGUAUCCAGCCUCCAAACACCCCGUUCUGGCCUUGCCUGGGGCUCCAGCCCAGUUCCCUGUGCUAAAGGAACACCAGUAUCUGCAGAAGUACGUUGUGUGGUCAGGCAGAAUCGCCCAGGAGGCCGAGAACUACAUCCAGGCCUUGCUGCCCAGGCCUUACCUGGGCAUUCACCUGCGCGUCGGGGUGGACUGGAAGAACGCGUGUAACAUGGUAAAGGAUGGCACAGCGGGACCACACCUCAUGGCUUCGCCACAGUGUGUGGGUUAUAACCGGCAGACGGCCCGGCCUCUGACCGUGGAGAUGUGUUUGCCUGGUCUGGCCGAGAUCAGAAGGGCAGUGACCACCUGGACCACAAGGAUCAACGCCAAGGCAGUGUACAUCGCCACGGACUCCGAGAGCUUCAGGGCCGAGAUAGAGAAGGCCGUGGACGGCCAGGUGAAAGUGGUGAGUCUGCAACCGCCCCUGCCCCAGACUGACCUCUACAUCCUCGGCCAGGCCGAUCACUUCAUAGGGAACUGCGUAUCCUCCUUCACUGCCUUCGUCAAGCGCCAGCGGGACGUUAAUGCCAAGCCCUCCUCGUUUUUCGGCAUGGAUGACCCACCAGGGCCCAGGGACGAGCUCUAAGGCAGGGCUGAAGGGUGGGGACGGGGGAGUAAGCUGUGUGGGGGGUUUGUUGAGGGUGGGUGGAGAGAAGGUGCCCUGACUCUGCCGGACCGUUCUCAGCCAAGACGUCACGCGGCUCUGACUUCGAUUGGGGCCCGCGUUGGAACACUCGAACCCCUCUCGCAGCUCUUCACUCAUGCACGCGCCCACUCUGUGGAAACUCGCUCAUGCCCGUGCACCCAGGAAAGUGCAUUGUCAAAAAAACACAUACACACAAACGCAACAGCAGUGGUUGGGGGCCUACGCUCCAGCGCUACAUACCCGAGCUCAGGCUGUGUGCCGAGGAUGAAGUCAGAAGUCCCAAAUCAGCUCGGAACCACCAGGAAGAUUAGUGUGGGAUCCGGGUGUGAACUGUGGGUGGAAUAAUCCUCAGUGUUUGCACCAGGACCAUUUCUGAAGAGGAUGAUGACUAGAAACAGACAAGUCCUCUGUCAUGUUUUAAUUCUGAUACGACAAUAAAAAAAAAAAUCUUUAUUAA